AUGGCGGACGCUGCUGAGGAGACCCGAGAGAUGGAAGGUUUCAAGAAGCCGGCCCUCCCGCCUCCUGGUCCGGUGGUGCGAGGGAAAGAGGGCGAGGCGGCUCCGGCGGCUCCUCCUAAGCUGCCCCGAGGCCCCGCUCCAGGCCCUCCGCCGCCGGUCCUGCCGGACUACCAGGAACCGCCCUGGGGAGGCCUGCCAGGCCCGGAAGGCGCCUCCUCGAGCUACAGCCUGGAGGUGCUGAAAGGCGGCGCGGUGCUGGACAAGCUGGGCCUGGGCGAGCGGAGCUGGCUAAUGGUAGGCCGCGCUCCGGGCUGCGACGUCUCGCUGGCCCACCCCUGCGUCUCGCGGCACCACGCCGUGCUCCAGCACCGCCCGCCUCCCAACUCCGGGCAGGGAGAGGCCGCGGUGGAGGAGAAAGGCCCCGAGCCGGGCCUCUACGUCUUCGACCUGGGCAGCGCCCACGGCACCUUCCUCAACAAGGCGCGCCUCCCGCCCAGGACCUACUGCCGGGUCCGCGUCGGACACGUCUUGCGCUUCGGAGGUAGCAGCCGCCUCUUCGUCUUGCAGGGCCCAGAGGAGGAUCAAGAACCAGAAUCAGAAUUGAGUGUAACCCAGUUGAAAGAAUUGCGUAAGCAGCAGCAGGCCAAGUUAGAGAAAACAAUGCUGGGUGAUGAUUCUGAUGAAGAUCAAGACGAAAAAGAAGAACGAAGAAAUAAAACCAGUCAGAAUACUGAUUUGAGUUGUUCCUGGGGAAUUGGGGAAGAUGCAGAGGAGGAGGAAGGUGAAGAAAACCCAAUUGCCAUUGAGUUUCAGGAGGAUCGAGAAGCGUUUUAUUUGAAAGAUCCAAAGAAGGCAUUGCAGGGCUUUUUUGACAGAGAAGGAGAAGAACUAGAAUACGAAUUUGAAGCCCAAGGAACUGGCACCUGGCUUUGUAGGAUAAAACUCCCUAUAGAUGAUGCUUCAGGGAAGCAGCUUGUAGCAGAAGCUAUUCAUUCAGGGAAGAAGAAAGAAACGCUGAUUCAGUGUGCAUUGGAAGCCUGCAGGAUAUUGGAUGCCAGAGGGGUGCUGCGGCAGGAAGCAGUUUCCCGUAAAAGAAAAGCAAAGAAUUGGGAAGAAGAAGACUUUUAUGACAGUGACGAUGACACAUUCCUUGAUCGAACAGGCGUUAUUGAGCAAAAGCGACUGAACAGAAUGAAAAAAGCUGGAAAAGUAGAUGAGAAACCAGAAACCUACGAUUCACUGGUUGCAAAAUUAAGUGAAACUGAAAGAGAACUCUCUGAGAUUACUGAGAAGCUGAAAUCUUCAAAAACAGCACAAUCCCAGCUGGCAGCUCAGGAUUCCUUGGAUGAAUUCAUGAAAGAAAUAAAAUCUGGCUGUGCUUUAGACAGCGUGAUGCGUAGAAAGCUUCACUUGCGAACCUUUGAACUAAGGAAGGAACAGCAGCGUUUGAAAGGACUGAUUAAGAUAGUUACGCCUGCUUCAAUGCCGGAACUCAGAUCACACCUUGAGAAUGAAAACCUAGAAACACAAAACAAGCCUAAAAAGCUAACUUUACCCCUGUUUGGGGCCAUGAAAGGGGGAAGCAAGUUCAGACUGAAAACUGGAACUGUAGGGAAGUUGCCUGUGAAACGUCCUGAUGUCCCUGUAAAUCUAUUAAAGAUGAAAGAUGAAGGAUCAGAAGAAGAGGAGGAGGAGGAGGAGGAGGAGGAAGAAGAAAAAAUGGACAUGAAUUCAAAUCAAGGGACACAAACUCCAAUAACAGAAAUUACUACACAAGAAAUUGUUAAACAGGACAAAGUUCUUCCCAGUUCUUCUCACUGCAGUCAAGACAUGGAAUCCAUUAGUGAUGGAAUGAAGUCUCAGUCUGAGCCUUUGAGUAAAGAUGCAAUAACGCCAGAGGGCAAAUCUCCAGUGGAUAAACUGCAGAAGAAGCCGCACGUGUUUCAGAAGCCUAUAGAAAAGCCCCAAAGUAAGAAAGCUAACAGUACAAGUAAGGUUGGAAACAGUGUGUCCUCAAAAUACCCAGAAGAUGAUCCAGACUACUGUGUAUGGAUGCCACCAGAAGAUCAAAGUGGUGAUGGCAGAACUCAUCUGAAUGCAAAAUAUGGCUAUUAAACUUCAGUUGGUGGACUUGGGAAGCAGGAAACUCUGGAGCAGCAAUUAUAUCAGCUGUUCAAACAUCAUGCAACACACUAUCUGUUUACUCUUUUUAAAUCUUGUCCGUGAACAAUUAUCUGCCACUAGACAUGAAUUUGUGUAUAUUGUGUAUCAAAAUGUAUAUAGAUGUGGAAAAAUGUGUAUUUACAAAUUAGGUUUAUGUACAGCAAGAUGUGCUUUUAUAUAAUAAAAACUAAAAAGACAA